AAAAGACAUUUUUAAAGAAAAGAAGAGCCAAGAAAUCUUUCACCUGCACUCAGUGUGGAAAGAGUUUCCCAAACAAAUGUAAUUUUGAGCGUCACAUGAGAGCUCAUGCUGGAGAGAAGCCGUUCACAUGUGAUCAGUGUGGGAAGAGCUUCUCAAGGAAAGAUAGUCUUGAGCGUCACAUGACAGUUCAUCCUGGAGAGAAGCCGUUCACAUGUGGUCAAUGCGGGAAGAGCUUCAGAAACAAACCUAAUCUUGAUGUUCACAUGACAGUUCAUACUGGAGAGAAACCACACACAUGUGAUCAGUGCGGAAAGAGCUUCACACAAAAACCUAAUCUUAUACGACACAUGAAGAUCCAUACAGGAGAGAAACCACACUCAUGUGAUCAGUGCGGGAAGAGUUUCGCACAAUCACCACACCUUAAGAUUCACAUGAGGAUCCACAACGGAGAGAAGAAGUUCACAUGUGAUCACUGCGGCAAGUCGUUUCUUAGGGCAUCAAACCUGAAGACACACCUGGUAGUUCAUACGAAGGAGAAGCCACAUUCAUGUUCUGUGUGUGGAAAGAGUUUUUCACUGCUCUACAUUUUACAUGUGCAUCAGAAAAUUCAUAAUGAUGUGAGAGACUACAUGUGCUUUGAGUGUGGGAAGAGUUUUACUGCAGCAAGCAGUUUAAAACUUCACCAGAGAAUUCACACUGGAGAGAAACCGCACAAGUGUUCAUACUGUGAAAAGAGAUUCAAUCAGUCAUCAUAUCUGAAAGUACAUGAGAGGAUUCACAGCAGAGAGAAGCCGCACACGUGUAAUCAUUGCGGAUUGAGUUUCUCUUUUAAAAGUCACCUGAAGAUACACAUGAAGAUCCAUGCAGUGGAGAAACCAUAUUACCGUGAUCCGUGUGGGAAGAGGUUCGUUCAGUUAUCAUCAUACGAAAAACAAUUACAAACUACCAGAAAGCAUCUGCAAGAGGAGGACAGAGAGAACACCAGUGAUCCAGAACCUGCAGAAUGAACCAUCACAAUACUGAAGAAAAAAG